GAUCAGGACCCAGCAGGACAGCUUUAGCCUGGACCGGCCGUUUGGGAGCAUUUUUUAUUUUUUUUUCCCCUGGACUUUGCGGGUUUUGGUGACAUUGGUCCGCAUUUUUCCGGUGGGGGACGCCGCUCCGCUUCCGGCUUUUCCGCAGGGGGCGUUGCCUCACUUCCUGGUUGCGGGCCGUGUCACCAGCCCGAGUUUUGUUCUUUUUUUUCGGUGUCCUGUGACAUCGCCCCGCAUCUGUCCGGUGGGGGGCGUCGCUUCACAUCCGGUUUCCGUGGAGGAUGCCGCCCCACUUCCUGUCCGCGGGGGGUGUUACAGGCCCGUGUUUUGCCCCCUGGAUUUUUUUUUCUGUUCUGUGGAUCUUGUUUUUUUUCCCUGCCCUCCCUCCCCUGGUUCCUGGUUCUCGAGAGGUGGGUCUGGCUGCGGUGCGUCGGGGGCUUUGCUCGGGCCCUCCUGUUCGGCUGUGGACGUCGCUCGGCCCUCCUGUUCGGCUGUGGACGUCGCUCGGCCCUCCUGUUCGGCUGUGGACGUCGCUCGGCCCUCCUGUUCGGCUGUGGACGUCGCUCGGCCCUCCUGUUCGGCUGUGGACGUCGCUCGGCCCUCCUGUUCGGCUGUGGACGUCGCUCGGCCCUCCUGUUCGGCUGUGGACGUCGCUCGGCCACUCUGGCUGCGCCGCCGUGUGCCUUGCUCCCCCCACCUGCCUCGCCGUGUGCCUUGCUCCCCCCACCUGCCUCGCCGUGUGCCUUGCUCCCCCCACCUGCCUCGCCGUGUGCCUUGCUCCCCCCACCUGCCUUGCCGUGUGCCUUGCUCCCCCCUCCUGGACCCGUCGGGACUGUCGGGACGAUUUGGCGCGUCGGGAGCCGCGCCUUGAGGGGGGGGUUCUGUCAGGACUCUGCCUGGACUUUGGCCAUGUGCCUUUUGUUUAUGUUUUCAUGUUCACGUGUCUGCCCCGCCCUUGUCUUUUCUGCCCCGCCUCUGCACUCCUGUCCCUCAUGUUAAUUAAUUAUUUGUGUUAUUUAGUUGAGCCGCGUUGCAUUGUGCAGCGCGGAAUCCUCUUGUCUAUUGUCUCCUGUUAUUGUCUUCAUGUCUGUUGUUGCCCUUGUCCUGUUUCGUGUUUCUUUUGUUUAUUAAACCCUGUUUUUGUUAAGCUGUCCUGCGUUUGGGUCCGUUUUUAUCCCGCGUUCGCUGACACAUUGUGAAUAUAAUUAGGUAACUGUAAAAAUGUCAUGUUAUCUUAUGCUAGCAAUUAUUAACCUUAUCAAUUCUUUAUAUAUAUCUUAAAUCCCCUCAGAAAUCCUGUCAGAUUAUGAGUUUAACCAGAUUUUCACAAAUCCUGUCAGAUUAGCUCACGUUAGUUAGCUGGUUAGCAUUAGGAGUAACAAUGAUUAAUCAAAAUGUACUAAAGUUCCUGUCAGAAAUCGUGAGAUUUGUUCAAGUUAGCAGGCUAGUGUUAGCAGUGUUAAUUUAAAAAUGAAACCCAACACAAAAAAAAAAAGUUCAACUUUUGUUAUUCAUGUUAUUCAUGACCCAAUGAUGAGGUGAAACUACUGGGCUGCUGGAUACAGAAUAGCGCUAAUCACAGGCUAAAAUGGUCAUUAAAUGAAAAUGGCUUUUAGAGAAUAUUUGUAUGCACAUAUGACAACACACACACACAUACACACACACACACACACACACACACACACACACACUGUGGGGCGUGGCUAAUGUGAAAAGCUCCUGUCAGGUUGUAUCCCUUCCCCCUCAUGUGUUCAGUGUUUCCAGCGUGCAGUUGGGAAUGUGGGCGGGGCUUUGGGAGGUCAGUAAUUGAAAAGGAUUAUGGGACAUUAAUGGUGUUCGACAGCUACCUGGGUCAGUUUCUCUGCUUUUUCCUCAGGAGGCGAAGAAGAGAUGAGCGUGGGGACUUGUCGGAGCGGAGGAGAAGGACCCGAUUCGGCGGUGAUGAAAAGUUCUCCCUGUCUGAAGUGACAAAGAAGGAGCCAAUUACCGGAAUCCUCUGUCAGUCUCUGCUCCC